AUACAAACAUUAGCAGGCGAGGGUUCAGCAUUGGAAAGUGAGAUGGAGAGCCGAGCCCAGAUGAUCGCGCACCAGGAGGCUGUACAUCGCGAGGCCCAGCGCAUCGCCUCGCUCUCCGCCAUGAAACUGCUGCGCACCAGGACCCAGCGCGGGGGGAUGCGGCUGCACCGCUCCUUACAACUGGCCACACUCCUGCGAAGCGCCCGCGAUCUCAUCGUCUCCACCAUCCUGCCCCAAGAGGAGCCUCAGCCGCCCGCCGCUCCCGCAGCCCGCGAGAGCCGCAAGAGGAGAUCCGAGGGUCCCCGCCUGGCAGAACUGGUUCCCAGCAAACGAGCCUGUCUGUGGCAAGUAAUCCCCCGACCGCAGCCUCAAGGGGGCGCUUUCCCCGGCAUGGCCGAGAUAUUACAGAGACUUAUCGGCUCCGUCCCGCAACCUCAACCCCUGGGCUGCCGGGAAGCCUUUGCGGUGCCGGGAUUCCACUCCAGGCCGGUGGAGGCAUUCUAGACGUCACCCAGGGUGAAGACUCUGAUUGAUGGAAGCUCUAAGACCCUCCCCUUUCCAAGCGGAGUAUUGAGGCGUCUCUGGUUCUUCGGAGGUACGUGGGCCCAGAGAGAGGGACUGCAGGUCGCAAAGUGGAACCGACUAUAGUCUUCCAGAAGCGCCUUGGGCCAGCGCAGCAUUCCUACGUGUUAUGGCGGGGCCCCUGUGAGAGACUGUUGUUUCAGGGGCCCCUGGAGUAGUUCCGUGUGUAAUGUUCAAAGACUUGGGCUGGACGAAACCAAAUGGACGCCCUGCGGGUGACUCACUGGGAGAGUAUCGGUGAGUCACAGGCUGCCGCCCUUCCUUGGUGCUGUCCUCCGUGUGACUCGUAUUAUUGCUCUAUUUAUUCCUCUCGUGCACUGAAAAUACCUCAGGACUGGGCCAAAUCUGCCCAUUAUCCCCCUGUGGGGACCGUGUGACUGAGACCCCCCCCCCAGAGACUUGAGACAUUCCUAGAGAGGGGGCGGAGACUAGGGAAACAACAUAAGAUGUGCCGCCCAUUGGGCACUUGACAUUCCCGUUGUGUAAAAGUACCGUGUGUGUCUGUAAUAAAGCUCUUUAUUUUUCUAC